UGCAUAGAGAGAAUCGUUCGCUGUUUUAAGUGAACCCGAAAAAAAACAAAACAACAAGCAACUCCGACUAAAUUUCACCAAAACAAGUAAAUAAUGGCAGAUUCAUAUUCAUUCGUAAAGGGAGGCAAGCUGAAACUGAAAGGGAGCAAGCACAAAAAGCAUAAGAAGAGUAAAAAGAGGAAGUAUGAAGAUGGGGAGGAGGUGCCCUCUGGAUCAUCAGAUGUUGAUAUGUCAGACAUUGCACAGCAUGGUGGCUGGUGGGUUGUAUCAAAGUUAGGUCAGAUUACUGGUAACAUAUGUAUAGAAUUGGAAGACAAACGGUACAUGUUUGCUCAAGAUAAUGGCAGAUUUGUUCUCGGACCUCCUAGAGAAGCUGGACCAGAGCCUGAAGAAAUUCUGACAGCAGUUAAAGUAGAUGAAACAAAAAUAGCAUUGAAAUCUGGGUAUGACCAGUACCUCAGUGUGGGAACCAGUAAUCUUGUUAUAGGAAGGUCUAUGGCUAUAGGUGCAAAGGAACAGUGGGAACCAGUGUUUCAAGAGGGUAAGAUGGCAUUAAAUGGAUGUAAUUCUUGUUUUUUAUCCUAUGAUGAAGAUGAAGAUGUUGUUUGUGCAAGUAAAACAGCAGGAGAUAAAGAAAUGAUCAGAAUAAGGUCCAAUGUGUUACGGGACACAGAUCCAAAGUUGGCAAUACCAGUGGAAGAGAGAGGCUCAUUGAAAGAUGCAGAAAUCAAUUAUGUGAAGAAGUUUCAGAGUUUUCAAGACAGACAUUUAAAGAUAAGCAGUGAAGACAAAUCUCAUUUGAAGAAAGCCAGACUUGAAGGCAGUUUACAUGAAUCUAUGUUAGACAGACGAGAAAAGAUGAAAGCUGACAGAUAUUGUAAAUAGCGACAGUGGGGAUAUUGUUGAAUAGUGAUGUCAUCGGAAUAUUUGUGAAUACUUGGAGAAUAUUUGUGACUACAUGGUAGUAUAAGUGACUGCCUGGGACUAUUGGAGCCUAUUUCAGUUUAUCUGUUCUCUUCAAAGAGUAUAGUUUUAGGCAGGAUGUUCAACGAGCCUGUAAAAGUUUGGUUAAUUUACAAAGGUGCCAUUGCUUGUGGCUUAAAUAAUGCCCAUGAGGAGUACCUGUUGUUUUUCUACAACAUGAAACGUUCUUUGUUUUCCAUGGUGUUUUAAAUCCAGCAAAAACCAAGGUAGUAAUGAUGCUAAAAAGAUUGUGUGCCAUCAGGAACCUGAUAAGUAAGCUGUAAGCUUGCUUCAUGUUUCUUAGAGGGGAACAUGUCUGUUUCAUACAUCUAGACUACUGACAGAUAAUUUGCUAUUUGUUGCAUGAAAUAUAAGAAUAUGUCUCUCAGACAAAUUUUACAUUAAAUGUAGCAACUUGUGCUAUCUCAGCAUUAUCUGACAAACAAAUAUUUCCAGAAGAAGUAAGAAUUGAUAUAUGAUAAGGUCGAAUAUCUAAAGAUCUAAGGGAGAGUAUCUGUUUGUGGCUUGUUCAGUAAGCUGGUAAUGGUUAAUGUUCUCAGUAAUUGUCUAAAGAUGAAUGUAAGUUAUUUAUAUGAUAAAGUUGUCUGUUACUUGCAUAGAACAGAAAUCCAGAUACAUCAGAAAUGUUGAGGAACCAUCAUAUUUAAUUGAAAUGAUAUUAAAAGGAAUUGUUAAUAUCUGACAACAAAAAUCUGAAUAUCACAGGAGUUCUACAGGCUUGUUUUAUUUAGACAGCAAUGCUGUAUACAAUACAGUUAUAUUCUGUGCAUACUUUUAACUUCAAGGAGUGUUAGAGUUUCAGGAACAUAAUAAAAGUAAACUGUAAACUUGAGUUCUUAAAAUUAAAGGCGAGCUAUGCUCUUGCAUCAUUUAA